CGGAAGGCCGGAAGGAUCAGAAGAGUCUCUGCUCUUCCGUGUUGUCAGAAAACCAUAGAAUCUGUAACAGGGUGCGGGACACUUGUCAGCAGGAGCAUCCCUGCGCAGUAACGCAGGAAAACAAACGCGGUGUAAUGUCAGCUGAUGAGCUCCUGCUACUGCUGAGCUACUGACUGCCACCUUCACGAUGGGCGACAACCCUCACCUGCUGCUCGGGAGGAUCCGCUUCCUGAACAGGUGCAUCGAAACUUUCAGGAGGAGCGAACCGGUGCCCGAGUGUCUGUGUUAUGUCCCCAAAGAAGUGUGCUACAAAAUCUGCAAGGAUUCAUCUUCCAGCUCCUCCGCUUCCUCCUCCGGUGCCUCUGUGGGAGGCUCCACCGUGGGAAAAACCAUAGUCUCUGUCUUCGAAAGCCCCCAUCAGACUGCCCACAGUAAGAAAGCAUGCAAGUACAACAUUGAACCAAAGAAAGGGACAUGCAUCCGGACAACAGGGGAGGAGUACUGUAAUAGCCAGGGCCUUUGGGUCAAAAUUAAUAAGGAGCAGCUGGAGGAGCACCGUCUGGGCCAAGAAUUGGAAGAAGGCUGGAUCCUCGUGUGUAAACACACCGAGGGAGGCGACAGGCUGGUACCCGUGGAGUCACCAGAGACUGUCAGUAGGCAACAGCAGCUCUUUGGCUACGACCACAACCCCUGCAACAGGUGGGAACAAGUGGUGGAUGUGGAGAAUGCACUUUACAUUGGCGAGAAACCCAAAAUCGCAGAGUGUGAUGAGGCUGCCGUCCAGAAGCUGAGGUAUGUUCCUCCUACUUGGACGUAUGAAUGUGAUGAGGACCUCGUGCAUUACUUCUACGAUCACAUAGGAAAAGAGGACGAGAACUUGGGGAGUGUAAAGCAGUGUGUGACCAGCAUCGAUGUGUCUUCAUGCUCGGAAGAUCCCAGCGGGGGGGCGAGCUGUCUGACAGAUGGCGACGUUGAAACUUACUGGGAGAGCGACGGCAUGCAGGGCCAACACUGGAUCCGCUUGCACAUGAAGAAAGGCACUGUGGUCAAUAAGCUGAUACUGACUGUGGACUCAACGGAUGAUAACUACAUGCCCAAAAGAGUCACAGUGUUUGGAGGAGAAGGAGACAACCUAAAGAAGCUAAGUGACGUCACCAUAGAUGACAAUCUGAUUGGAGAAGUGUGUGUGCUUGAGGAUAUGACUUCCCAUUUACCAGUUAUCGAAAUUCGGAUCGAGGAAUGUAGAGAGGAUGGAAUAGAUGUGCGGAUCCGAGGCUUGAAGAUUAAGUCGUCCUGUGAGAGGGAUCUGGGUCUUAACGCUGAUGUUUUCCAGUCCUCUAACCUCGUCCGCUACCCACGUCUGCAGGGCACCCCACCAGACAUCCUGUACCGCAGAGCGUUAGUGAUCCAGAGGUUUAUCAAUCUUUUGGACAGCGCGCUCCCGCACCUAGUGCCAGCCUGGGAUUACAGCCUGGGUACCUUCAACCAGAUCAAAAGCAUAAAGCAGUUCUUGCUGCUGUCCAAGCGCCGCUCAGCCCUCAUCACUCAGUGCCUGAAAGACUCGGAGACCAGUAAGCCAAACUUCAUGCCUCGACUCUACAUUAACCGACGUCUGGCCAUGGAGCACAGGGACAACCCAUCUCUGGACCCAACCUGCAAGAACGCCGUCUUUAACCAGGUGUAUGAGGGUCUCAAGCCGUCAGACAAGUUUGAGAAAACUUUAGAUUACAGGUGGCCCGCUCGUUAUGACCAGUGGUGGGAAUGCAAGUUCAUUGCAGAGGGAAUUAUCGACCAAGGAGGUGGAUUUCGAGACAGCCUCGCAGACAUGUCGGAGGAGCUUUGCCCCAGCUCGUCCGAGUGUCCCAUGCCUCUCCCGUUCUUCACCCGGACAUCCAACCAGGGCGACUUUGAGGCUAGAGAUUAUUACGUUCCCACCCCUUCCUGUAAAGAGUUCCACAAAUACGAGUGGAUCGGUCAGCUGAUGGGUGCUGCUCUCAGAGGGAAAGAUUUCUUGGUUUUGGCUCUUCCGGGGCUUGUGUGGAAGCAGCUGAUUGGGGAAUCCGUCAGCUGGAGUAAAGACUUUGCUGCAGUAGACUCUAUACUGGUAAACCUUCUGGAGGCCAUGGAGAACAUGGACCAGGAGACAUUUGAGUUCCGAUUUGGGGAGGAGCUGGUCUACACCACUCUGCGGACGGAUGGCUCAAUGGUGGAACUGAUCCCCGGUGGCAGUAAUGUGUCAGUUCAUUAUGAGGACCGCAGUGAGUUUAUCCGCCUGGUGCAGAAAGCUCGGAUGGAGGAGAGCAAACAGCAGAUUGCUGCCAUACAGACGGGACUGCUGAAGGUGGUUCCUCAGGCAGUGCUGGACCUGCUCACCUGGCAGGAAGUGGAAAAGAAAAUAUGUGGAGACCCAGAGAUCACUGUGGAAGCUCUGAAGCGACUCACACGUUAUGAGGACCUGGAGCAAAGUGAUGUUAGAGUGCAGUACUUAUGGGAGGCACUGACAAACUUCACCAAUGGUGAGUAG